CGUGAACUCUCGCCUACAUGACAGCUGCCCACACGCCCACCUCGCUCUCCCCCCGCGAUUUCGGAAUUAAUGUUAGGCCGUUCCUCGUCUGCCCCCUUGUGUAGAUCCGCGUCCUGCAAGAACACACCACAGCCGCAGGAGUCGACAGAGGAGACGUCAGGUGACCGCGAGAGGAGCAGCAGCGCGGGAUGCCUUCUGUGCGCGUCGGAGGAAGUGCCUGAAGUAGGAGGCAGAGGAGGUUCCUCCGCGAAAGGCGAUCAGUGCAGGCGCGAGCGACCUGUCUCCGCGUGGGGCGUCGGCUACAAGAGCGAGGCUGACCUUCCCGACGCCGUCGCCGAGUGCUUCGAGGACGCGCCGCUCCUGGCCAGGCUCCAGACGCGCCUUUACUCGCUUGUGGGGCGCGCCAGCAGUAAAACAAAAUCCUGCACAAGCGCUAAGUGCCCUUCCGUCCCCAGGUACCGCUUGCACAAGGGCCUCGCCCCGCCGGCCAUGCCCCUCGACGCCCUCCGCAGGAAGGUGAAGGAGGCCAAGCACCGCCUCCUGCACCACCCCCCGUCCCCCUCCCCCUCGUCCUCGUCGUCCUCGUCCCCCGCGACGACGAAGGGGGGGUCGACCCCCGACACUUUGAGAUACCCCCCGGACUCCCCCGCGUCGCGCCUCUCGAGCCCCGGCCUCAUCACCCCGUGCGACACCCUGGGCAAGCGGCGGCGCCCCCAGUCCCCCGGGGGAGGAGGCCCUGUAGGGGGAGGCUGCUCCUCGCUGCAGCACUACUGGGGGGGUGAGGCGGGGGGCGGCGAGGAGGAGAUCGAGCUCCUGCAGCAGUACCUCAACCUGCAGCAGCUGGCCGUUUCGAGGAAACACUCGGCGCAGCUGCGAAGGAUCCGGGAUUCCCUUCUCGCCCGCGUCAGGAGCCGGCCGUCGUCCAUGAUCAAGCCCGCGGGCGGCAAUGACAUGAGCUGCGUCACGCCCGCGGUCCUCACCUCGCCCGCCCACACGCCCGCGAAGGACCGGCAGGCGCUAAGGAACUUCCUGCUGGACAUUGGAUUCGUCCAGUAUUACUCCCUGCUCAACAGACAUGGAUAUGACCUCGCGUCGGCAGCGCACAUGGAUUCCCUCGACCUCGCCAGCGUGGGAAUCACUGAGCCGCUUCACCGAAUGGCUGUCAAAUAUGAGCUGGACCUUGUCAAGCAGCCCCCCGCCAUCCCCGACGCCGUCCCGGAGACCUGCCAGGAGUGGCUGACCUCGCUCGGCCUGCAGGAGUACGUCGAGAACUUCCACCAGAACGGCAUCUACUGCCCCCUCGCCGCGCUCGGCCUGUCCAAGCGCGACCUGCAGGUUAUGGGCGUCUACAUGCUCGGCCACAGGAAGAAGAUCCUGCUGGCGAUCGCAGGUCUGAAGGAGGCUUUGCUGAGGAAGGACUGAGGGGAAGGAGGUGGAGGAGGAGGAG